AUGGAGCUGCUCGCGCAUGCUUCAGCACCCAGUUCUCGAAAGGAUGACGAGAGAUUCAAGCGCCAGGCAAAGGCUUAUUUGUCCUUCGACUCUGCCAGUAUAGUCUCUGUUCACCAAUUUUCUGAGAAGUCACAAACAGAAUUACCUAUCGGAGUGAGUUCUUCAGCUGCGCCGGUGCAACAUGAAGAAUCUCCGUUGUUUUUGGAAAAUACUCAGGAUGCUUGGACCGCCUUGGACUCCCAGCUGUUUGCACCUUCGCAACCUUCAGAUGAUCAAAGUAUCCAGGAAAGUCAAUUGAACGAGAGUGUUGAUGAAAGCCUUCUUCCGUUACCUACCAAUUCAUCACUACCACCUCGCAUGCCUCACAAUGCAUUGCCACCGGAUGAGUCCGCUCUCUUUGAUGCAUCAAUUAUGCCCGCUCCAGAAUCGAGACCGCACACAUCUCGUGCAGAAAAUGGAUAUCAUAGACAAGCUCAACAUGUUCCGACACCGUCAAGACUGUUGCGACUCAACGAGCAUGGCACGCCGAGCUAUCUUGAUGACCUCUCGACCAUAUAUCCUGCGGAGACCCCCGUUAGGCGAGUUUCGUUGCUUCGAGCCAUGAAUCAGCCUCAGCCACAAGACGAUUUCUCCUCUCCAAGCGACGAUAUCCCAUCACAGUUGCCGAGUACAUAUUCAAUCAGCGACAUAAAUUCCGAUCCAAUUUAUGGUGAUCAGACUGAUGCCCCAACAAGUUCCGCUUGGGGCAGUCUACCUCGAGGCAGUGCUCCUCAACCAUGGACCGGAAUCAUUGAGGAAGAAUCACCUCUCAAGGACCAAUCACUUGAAUCUCCAAGAGCAAACAUGUCUGCUCAAAUUCAGCCAGCACAUUCUUCGGCUGCGUCAGGGCAAGACGAGGUUUCUUCCGCUUCUCUUGACCGUGCAGUGAACCCAAAGCAGCAGCAGCAGCAGCGAAUAGAACCUGUGCAACAGGCUUUCACCUCCUCCUUCGAGUUGCGUUAUCCUUCGGCCUCGCAAGUUGGAGGACUCCAGCCUGACGAUGAGGUGGCUAAACCUGCUUCAGGUAUAGCCAGGCAGGAAGGCAGCACGUUUCACGCUGCACGGUCAUCUUUCGAAUCGGGCUUCUCUUCUGCACCACAAGCACAACGAACUCAGUCCAGUGGGGUUGAUGAUUCGGCCGUGCCCAAGAUGCUAAGGCGACAGUCUCUGGACCAACUUUUACCGACCUCCUUUGACACUAAAUUCUCCUCAAGCCCAGAAGCUCGUGGGACGCAACCCACUGAUAACAGCGAUACCGUUGUUCCUCCUGCGCCAAGACAGCACACUCUCGACCAGCUUUUGCCUACUUCAUUUGAGUCUCGCUUCUCGUCCAGCCCAGAAGCACGUGGCACGCCUUUUGUAGAUAAAGAAAGCCCAAGGGUGAAACCUGCUGAAGCAUCGUCAUCGCCAAGCUCCAAGAUCAACUUGUUUCAACCACGAGAAGUUCUUCUUUCAACAGAUGUACCAACCUCCUCCCCACCAGCAGACAAUAUUGUUUCGGAUCCGACCAACCCGCUUGAAGAUGCUUUAGCUCCCAUUAGGUCGAGUCCAUGGCGACCCACGUCUUCAGCUUCUGAAGGGAGUUGCGUAGCUUCAGAGGCCGAUAUCGAGGUCAAGAGACGCAAACUAAACUCUCUGUCAACUCCCAAAGCAAAACCGACUUUUCAAGAACGAGAAAUCUUCAAGUCUUUAUCUCUACAAAUCCAUCCACCACAUCCACCCACUGGCUCUGAUGAGUUUGUAUCGCACAUUACACCACAACUUAAAAGCCAGUUCUGGGAUAGCGCGGAGUUGCAAGGGAAAUACAAACCUUCGCCCCACCGAGAGCUUGAACAAAGUGAAAGAGGAUAUUGGCAGAUCGACACUCGUUCCUGGAGUCCAAAAAUCCAGAUCAAGUUUUGGGUCUUCUUGCAGUCUAACAUUGGUAGCGGAGUUGGUGGUUGGGGCGUUUGGUGCCUACGGGAAAACGACAUAGAGGCAGAUGAAGGUCAAGAUGCAGGUGCAGAGUUGGGUAUAGUCAGGGUUUUCUGCUGGGGCGAAGUAGUAGGACACGUUUGGUUGCUUUGCUACGUUGCUAGCCAAGCCCGUUUGAAGCGUGUGGAAAGUCAAUGGAUUGAUGCAGAUGGAGAGGUCGUGGUUAGGAUAUAG